AUGUAUCCUCUCUUCUCGCCUGCCAGAGCAUUUUUCGGAGCAAUCCGAGAUUACAGAACUCUGAGCAGAGGUUUCUCUAGUUCUUCAUUUCGAGCUGCAGCAACGCCGAACCGCACUGCUCUAAUCACUGGAUCGGGUCGAGGAAUUGGUCGCGCUAUUGCGCUUCGACUGGCCGCGGAUGGCUUCAAUAUAUGCGUGAAUGACCUUCCUGCCAACGCUGAAUCCAUCGAAGAGGUAGCAAGUGAAGUACGAGCCUUGGGGCGAGAAGCUAUAACGACGUUCUGCGAUGUGACCAAGAUGUCCGAUGUUGAAGAGACUGUUCGGAAAUCGGUUGAAGCUUUGGGCCCGUUGAACGUCUUGGUCGCGAAUGCUGGGAUUGUACAGAUUCAGCCUUCACUCCUCGAUGUCACCGACGCGGAGAUGCAGCAGAUAUAUGAAGUGAACGUUUUUGGCCUGAUCAAUUCCAACAUCGCUGCUGGGAAACAAUUCAUAAAGCAAGGGAACGGGGGCAAGAUCAUCAAUGCAGCUAGUAUUGCUUCUUACAAGUCCGCGCCUCCUUCAAUCCUGUACAGCUCUACGAAAGCCGCUGUACGGAGUCUUACGCAAGGUAUCGCCUUAGAGUUUGCGCCACACAAAAUCACCGUGAAUGCGUAUGCACCUGGGAACAUAGAUACCAAGUUAUGGGAGAAGAUUGAUGCAGAAAUGUCCAAGAUGAAUGGGUUGCCAAUAGGUGAGAAUUGGAAGGCUGUGGAGAAGCUGGUUGCUUUGGGCAGGAAUGGCAUUCCGAAGGAUGUAUCGAACGUUGUAGCUUUCCUCGCCGGUCCGGACUCUGACUACGUCACUGGACAGACCCUGGUUGUGGAUGGCGGGAUGUGGUUCUCUUAG